AUGUGGAAGGUUAUGGAAACAGGGUCAACAGAGAUGUUCCAGAGAGAAUUGCAUUGUCAUCUGAAAAGGAAGAAUGUUCAGGAUUAUGGGGAUCAGGCAGGAAAUGAGCAGAAUUUGAAUCUCGUACCCUGCAGAAACUGUGGAAGAAAUUUUGAACAAACAAACCUGGAAAGACAUGAACCCAUUUGUAGCAAAGUUUCUAACAAGAAAAAAAAAGUCUUCAGUUCGUACAAGCAGAGAGUUGCUGGGACAGACGUUUCAUCAGUGAGAGGUCCAUCAGCUGCCAAGAUGCCUCAACCUGUGUCACAUUGGAAACAACAGCAUGAAGAUUUCAUCAACACCAUCAGGUCAGCUAGACUCGCCACAGAUGCUGUUAAAAAGGGACUUCCUCUUCCCCCUCCACCACCUGCCAGCAUCAACCCAGAUUACAUCGAGUGUCCGUACUGUAACAGGCGUUUCAACGAAACAGCUGCCGAGCGACACAUCAGCUUCUGCAAGACCAACGUCAACCGCAAAGUUGUGGCCAGGCACGACCCGACGCCGUCCUCCUUCCAUCCUCGAGCUCCCCCUCCCCCAGCACAAGUGCAGCUGGCCUCAAAGCAGCCUACAAGCCCAAUGCGGGCUCCAGCUGUACCAGCCACCUCAUACCAGGCACCGCGAGGGCCUCCAGUUCAACCAGUACCUCCAAUACGGACAGCACAGGCUGUACAUUCACGCCCCACAACACUUUCAUCACCUUCGGCAGCAGGUUCUCCAUCAAGGGGCAAGCUGUCUUCAGCUGCCCAGGCUGUCAUGGGAGUCAGAGCAGAUUACAAUGAUCCAUCCACCAGUCGGCCAUCAGCCAACAUGAGAGGACCACCUGAUGCAAGAGGACCACCUACUACACAGCAGUCUCGACACGCUCGGAGAUAAUGGCAGAGUACAGAGAUCAGGAAGGGUUGGGGGAAGAAGUUCCAAACUGCAGCAGGACCAAAUACCUGAGCGAUCGCAGCUACAGCUAAUCCUCCUUGUGUCUCUUCAGCACCAACUGGUCUCUCCCCACAGUCAAAAAGCAGUAAAGCUCAACACAGUACCGUCUGGUUCAUUUAGUGGGUACGAGGGCUGGAGGGGAAGAGGGGCAGACAGUGGAUGGGUGAGUGCGGUCAGUCUGAUAACAGGACACCCAUUUCACAUAUGAAGGAUCGAAUGCUUCACUUAACAACACCCAGACUCGGUGUUUAAUUAAAGUCGGUCUGUGUUUGUGAGAGUGACUAGGGCAGUGCAUGUGUGUGGGGAGAGACUGGGCGGGUGGGUGAGAGAGUGCACAUGGGCACAGGGCACAGUGAGGCAGCUGCAGUGCAAGUGUAUGUGAGUGAG